GUCAUUGCUCCCAGAGCCUCCCCAGCUGCCACUCAGGCUCCACUCUUCCAAGAGGCCAUGGAAGUGUAGACUGUGGAGCAGGCAAGGCGGAUUCGCGGCCAGCUCGGUGGACUUUCCCUGGAUGUGCUGACAAUCUCCAAGGAAAAUGAGCCCCACGCUGGGCCUCGCCCUUUUGCUGGCCAGCCUCCUCCCAGCAAAAGGUCUUCUGGAGUCCCACUUCUCACCAGCCAUUCACGAGGGCUCGAGGUUGACGGGAAGGAUGGCAGCCAAGGAGCUUGCGAGGCGGAAUGCAGAUUUUGGCUUCAGACUGCUCAAGAAGCUGUCUGCCAACAACCCUGGCAAGAACAUCUUCCUGUCUCCCUUGAGCAUCUCGACGGCCUUCUCCAUGCUGUGUCUGGGGGCAGAGGACAGCACCCUGGCCGAGAUCAAGAAGGGACUCAACUUCAGGAAGAUGCCAGAGAGAGACCUUCACGAGGGCUUCCAUUACCUCAUCCACAAUCUGAACCGGGAGACCCAGGACGUCAAGAUGAGAAUUGGGAACACCCUGUUUAUGGACCAGAAUUUCCAGCCACAGCGGAGGUUUAUGACCGAGGCCAAGAACCUGUACAGUGCGGAAACCAUCUCUGCCAACUUUCAGAACUUGGAAGACACUCAGAGACAAAUCAAUGACUAUGUCAGUCAGAAAACUCAUGGGAAGAUUAACAACCUGAUCAAGCAAAUCGACCCUGGAACUGUGCUGCUGCUUACAAAUUAUAUUUUCUUUCAAGCCAGGUGGCAACACGAGUUCCAUCCGAACGCCACCAAAGAGGAAGAUUUCAUUCUGGGGAGAAACAGCUCCGUGAAGGUGCCCAUGAUGUCCCAUGAGGCUGUGUACACCGUGGGCCGCGACGAGGAGCGCGCCUGCACCAUCCUGGAAAUGCCGUUCGCGCAAAACCUGACGGCCGCCUUCAUCCUUCCGGACAAGGGCAAGCUGAAGCGGGUGGAGGCGAGCUUGCAGGCGGACGUCUUUGCCAAAUGGAAAACGUUACUGUCAAAAAGGGUGGUCCGCGUGUCUGUGCCCAGACUCCACAUCAGGGGGACCCUCGACCUGAAGAAGACACUCUCCAGCCUGGGUGUCACCAAAAUCUUCGAGGAGCGUGGCGACCUCACGAGAAUCUCCCCUCAUCGCAGCCUGAAAGUGGGCGAGGCAAUGCACGAGGCCGAGCUGAUCAUGGACGAGAAGGGGACGGAGGCGGCCGCGGGCUCUGGCGCGCAGACGCUGCCCAUGGAGGCGCCGCUGCACCUGAAGAUCAACCAGCCUUUCCUCCUGAUGGUCUACCACAGCAAACUGCCGGCCUUCCUCUUCCUGGGGAGGGUCUUCUGCCCCCAGUAG